ACCACAUUUCGGGCUGGUGAAGCAGAGCCUGCAGUGCCCUCAGAUUGUCUGUGCUCAGGUGUCCUCAGUGACACGUGAGAUGAGCUGGUGACCUUCGUGUUUUGUGAUCCCAAUUGGAAUGGUGUCAGGGAUGGUGUGGGCAUGCUGUGCUUGGUGCCAGCACCAUCAUGAAGCGCUGCCCUGAGCGCUCUGCUGCCUAUGGUCCCAUCCCUGUCCCCAUGGUGCAGUGGCUCGAGGCAUAGGGGUGUCCCUUCCAGGGGUGAUGCAGGACAUCCCCGUGGGUGCUCUGCAGCUGUUCCCUGCUCCAAGACCAUGCUCUGUGCGGUGAGGCAGCAGUGCCAACACACAGCCCAUCCCCGUGGCGUUAAUCCUGACACCCCCUCCCCAUGCACGCACAUACUCCCACCCUCCUCCUCACAGGCACUUGGGGAAGGACACUAGAUUACCCAUUUGAGAAGAAGGGACUUAAUCCUAUUAUCCCCGAAGAGGAUAAAUCUGCCAGCCCCCAGCCGCCACCCAGAGCACUUGGAGGACGUGUGGAGCAGGUUGCAGGGAGUCGUUUGGAGCAGCACUGGCCUUGGGGACGGUGUGAGGAGCCAUCCCGUGUCAGCGCCACAACCACAGGGACAGUUGUGACACAGGGCAGGCUGCUGGCCCUGCUACAGCCAUGAGCUUGGAGCCCCACAAACCAGAAGUCAAGUCAGCCACCCGGGUGACUGGCGGACCUGCCACCCCCCGAAAAGGACCACCUAAGUUCAAGCAGAGGCAGACACGGCAAUUCAAGAGCAAGCCACCCAAAAAAGGGGUGCAGGGGUUUGGCGAUGACAUCCCAGGCAUGGAGGGGCUAGGAACAGAUAUCACCGUGAUUUGCCCUUGGGAAGCCUUCAGCCACCUGGAGCUGCACGAGCUGGCUCAGUAUGGCAUCAUCUAGGCUGGCUAUGGCCACCACCACC